AGUCCUCAGUUGUAGCAAUGGCAGCGUUGAGGCAGGAGCAUCGCUAUGGGCUCUCCUGUGGCCAGAUCAACAAAAACAACCCGAAUCAAACUCUUUUUCACGUCAAGCUCACGGACACUGCCAUCCGGACCCUGGAAGCCUACCAGAACCUCAAGGCAUCACUAUCAAAUCAGCCAGCGAUUUGCUUCAAGGGGAGCCAGGGGUACGUUAAGAUCCCGGCGCCGACACCAGAGUCUCCUGACGAAUUCAGAGUCUUCUCAUUCUACCUUUCCAGCGACAGCAAAGACAAACCUCAGUCCAGCUUCGACUGCGUUCACCAGUACGUCUCUGGGGAGGGCAGGGAUCACCUGGAGGGCCAGGGCAGCAUUCAGGAUAAGAUCACAGUCUGUGCCACCGACGACUCCUACCAGGCGACCCGGGAGCGCAUGUCUCAGGUGGAGAAGGACAUUUGGAGCCGCUCGGCAAUCGAGAUAAAGCCGGGACCAAGUAAGUGCGUGAAGGUCCAGAGGAAGCAGGGUCUGGUAUCAGGCUCAGAGAGCAACAACAAGCACUCCCCAAGCAAUAAAAGGAACCUGGUUCCCAGCCCUGUGGCACACCGGCCCUUGAGAGAUCGCAUCAUUCAUCUCUUGGCCUUAAAGCCCUACAGGAAACCUGAGCUGCUACUGUGGUUGGAGAGGGAGCGAUCCAGUCCAAAGGACAAGGCUGACCUCACCUCUCUACUGGAUGAGGUGGGUAAACUAAACCCUAAAGACCAAAGCUACUCCCUCAAGGAUGAGCUCUACAGAAACGUCCAGAGAGAAUGGCCUGGAUAUCUGGAGGAGGAGAAGCAACUCAUCCACAGGCUGCUGCUCAGGAAACUUCAGCCACUCAACAACUGCCAGUUGAAGAGUCCCCAGUCCAACCAUUCACUCCCCAAAGACUCUCCUUCACAUCUCAGUCCUGCCAAGAGUCUCUCCGUGAAACGUCCGUUGCCCUCAGAUUCAUCCAACUGUCACACCCCCAAAAAACAAAGACUAUUAGACCAGUGUUUGCCUCUGUGUUCGCCGUCUCAUGCCGAGUACGCCACCAUCGGCGCUCGUAGUUCCUCGACCCACGGAAACUCCAGAGCACAGAUCAAACUGGAGUUCGACAAAACCAGCAAUCAUCUCCAGGGGAGUCCAAACGGUCUGUACUCGCCGCACAAACUCGGCGGGUCAUCUACCGUUCCCAAACUGGAGAGGGCAGAGCCAGUUCCCACUGCAACCAGCCCCGAGCCCCCACACACUGACGCGUCCAUCUGCACCGAUCAACAACCCACCAACGGCCAACAUAAGAAGAAGAGGUCCAAAAAGCACAAGGACAAAGAACGGGAGCGCCUAAAACCGGACUGGAUUGAGAAAAGCCCGGACCUGAAGCAGAACCGAGAAAAUCUUAAAGACCACGAACGAGAGAAAACACCUGUCAAUCGGACCUCGGCAGAGGAACUUCCCGACUAUUUAAUAAAAUACAGCGCCAUAAAAGCACUGGAGCAGCGGCAAGAGUACAAAGACGACUUCUGCGCAGAGUAUGAUGAAUACAGAGCUCUCCAUGAUCGGAUCGGGGCCAUCACGGAGAUGUUUGUUCAGUUGGGCUCAAAGAUCAACACCCUCUCUCCGGGAACACAAGAGUACAAGCUUAUGGAGGUCCAAAUACUACAAAAGUACCGCAAGUAUAAGAAAAGGUUUCCUGGUUAUCGGGAAGAGAAGAAGCGUUGCGAGUACCUGCAUCAGAAACUGUCGCAUAUCAAAGGCCUGAUCACAGAUUACGACCAAGCACAGGGACUCUGCUAGUAACCGGCUUCUGCCCCCCGCAGGGGUAACAAGACUGGACCCAAAAGACUCCUAAUGGACCCAAAGACUUCCCAGCUUGGUCCUGCGGUCGCUGAGACACUGUUCACUUUACUUCUCUGAGUGUGAAUGGGAUCGAGGACCGAGGUUCUCCUUCAUAAGUGGUUUGCGACCACCGACUCGUGAUUAAAAGUUGCCCUUUAACGUUAUGGUUUUCAACUACGAUCAUUGCUGGAUUUUCUUCUGCUGUAAAAGUGAAAGCCAAAUCUAUUUUUCUGAAAGGCACAGCAGAUGUGAUCCUUCCUGCUCGGUUGCAUCUUUAUUUGAUCCUUUAUGUUAUCAGAACUAGCAAGAAAUGUGUUGAUUUAUAAAAAAAAAAAAAGAGUAUUAAAUUGAUGGUACAAUCAAUCUUAGGUGGAAACUAAUGUUACUUCUAAGUCUUUAUAUUUAACAAGCAGAGGAAUCUGUUCAUUUGCUGUUUGCUGACCAAAAGUCAAAACCAAUCCUCCAAUCACUUAAUUGUCCAUUUGUAACAGUAAGUGAAUGGUAUUUCCCUCCAGACCAAAUGCUUACACAAUGUUAUUGGCCAUGAAAAAAAUCUAUUUAAAAAAAGGCACGAAGAGAUCCCAAAAUUAAGUUUAAAGCAAUAUAUACAAAGUCAUGUGGGCUUCGACCGUAAGGAAUUUCAGCAUCUAGCUUUCUGUCAACGUCCUAUGUAAUUUCUAAGGAAUGUUGGAAUGCCACAAAACCACUCCUCCCAGUACAUGAAUGCUGGUUUCAAGAUGGUGAUGUGCACAUCCAGUGUUAAAUUCACCCACAUGUAGCCUAUCACAAACUGCCUUUUCUUUAUCAACUCCGUCAAGUGUUGUUAACUGGUUGCAGGUCUGUACGUAAUCAUGCAUCAUUCACGCUUAGCGACUACAGGCUCUAUGAAACAUUUGUCCCGAGGAAGGUGCACCGGAAGAACCCCCAAAGCUGUACUUUUAUUUCUCCUUAUAAUUAGCUGUAGCCUUAAGUAGGAAAUAGAGAUCAAAUUGCAGUGUUCUCUGUUCUCUCUCUGACGUUUGCAUCAAUGUAGCUGCACUCACAACAGUUGUCGUAAUGAUUGCUUGAAAUGAGCGAAUGAAGCUAAUAUUUGCCUUAACAUGUAUGUCAGACAUUUCCAACAUUUCUCAGACCUUGUCUGUAAAUGUCUCUUAAGUUUGAAGGAAUUUCAGUUACUGGAUAGUUGUUACUGGCUAGUUGUUGUUUGGUCUAUUGUUUGUUGUUUGUUGAUCAUUUUCUACUUCUGUCAGAUAAUCAUGAACUGGUGAGGAAUAUGAUUUAAUGUUUAAUCCUGUCAAGCACCAGUAUCGGAAGAAAUCAUUGCACAAUAAUGUGCUCUUCAAAGAAAAUACUCUUGAAAGAUAAUACUGGGAUUAUUGUCAAAUAUUUGGCCGCUUUUUUGCAAGACGUAAAUGUACUUUUUUUAUUUUACAUUCGAUUGGUUAUUUCUGGUUUGUUUGAAGGAUUUGAGACUAGCAACAAUUGCUGAGUCUUGGCACAUAGGAACAAUUUAAGGAAAGACAUAUUUAUUAGCACUGACUAUUUCAAAUAUUAGCACAGAUUUUGGCCUUUAAAUAUCAUCAAAGCUAAAAAUGCUGGAUUCUUAAACCUCCAGUACGACUAGACACGUUUUGCCUGUGAAUCUUUUCUCAGGACGACAGGUCGCACUAUUUUACAAAUCUUUUGUUAAUAUGCAGUUUGAUAAGCUCGGCGAAUGUGCCACACAGCUCCACCCAGCUGGAGGAAACGGUCUGAUCGGUCGUAAUGAAUAGAAAGAACAGUGUUCGGUACUAGAACUGGAAAUCCAUGGUUGGAAUUAUUUAAAAAAAGAAAAGAGCACACGGCCUGCUCUGAUGAAUAAAGUCAUUCAAAACGGAAAGAUACUGAAACGGCGUUUUGAUGCUGUUGGGAAGGCAAAAUAUCAGUCUAAUCAGUAUGAAGAUGAUGCUACCAUUCAUGUUAAUAUAAUGCUUCGGGGAACUAGACUCGCCCCUCGAGCUAAUUGUGAUGCCGUUUUUUACUGUUGACGGAGCGAACUACUGAUGGUGCCUUUUUCAUUCAAAGAGCCGCACGUAACUAUCAUUGGUAUUGUGGAAAGAAAUCAACAUUGGCCAGCAGUAUUUACACAUCUGUAGUUUCACACUGGUGCCAAUUUUUAAAGUGCUUUGUUCGUUUUGUUUUUUUAAUUGGAUUGAUACAAGAUGCCUUUAGGAUGUACAGUGUAUUCACACUUACAUUUUAAUGCAUUUCAGAAAUGUGAGGUUUUCUGGGACACAAAUUAAACUGCAUUUAAUGUAAGCUAUUUGGAUACAAGUGCAUCUGGAAGAAUGACUAGGAUUUUGUUUGCGACCAGGAUUUUUUGCAUUUUUUUCCAGCCCAGGAAACUUAUUUCCACAAAUGUAAUACUGGUCAAUUUUGUUGGAUACUGGAAAAAUGGAGUUAAUGGAAAUGUGAAAUCAAAUAUGUUGCCUAUUAUUAACCCCUGCGAUUGAUCUACCUAGGAGAACAAAUUAGUGUAUUUAUUGCUUUGUAGCGUUUGUUAUGGGAUUCAUCUUUUCAUAGUUCAUUCUCUUCAACAAAACUCAAAGUACGGUUAAAGGGAAAUGGAAUAUAUUUUUACAAUUUUUGAUGGAUGUUUUAUCGAUCAUCUUCUUGAGAAAAGCUUUCAGAAAAACAGGUGUAUUGUCGUCUCCGUCUUAAUGAAAAAUAAAGCUCUUCUGAAUUGAA